AAGGACAAUACACAACUGGUCGAUACCCUAACACAACCUGAAAAUGCAUAUGUCGUUAAAGGAUGCCCGCUGCGCAGCACAGAACAGUGAACAACAACUGAAGCAAGCAAUGCUCAGGAUGCAGGUGUAAGGUUCCGGGUGUGCUUCUUGGUGAACAAGAUACUGAGCACCAUGAGCUAUGAUGCUGUAAUCGAUGAUGAACUGUUUCAGAAAAUCUAUGAAUCCAUGCUAGAGAGACUUCGAGACAAAGUAUUUAGUGUAAGAAUCCAGGCAGUGCUUUCUCUUGCAAGGUUACAAGACCCAUCUAAUAAAAAUUGCCCGGUGAUUGAAGCCUAUCUCUUUCAUCUAAGUCAUGACCCUUGUCAUGAUGUACGUCGUGCUGUGCUCAAUUGUAUUGGGGCUUCCACCAAGACUUUAGGUUCUAUAUUGGAACGUACAAGAGAUGUUAAAGAUACGGUACGUCGAGCUGCAUAUAGUUUUCUAGCUCAAAAAGUCCACAUUCGCUCAUUGACUAUUGCUCAACGAAUUAGAAUUCUUCAGGAAGGAUUACACGAUAGAUCAGAUGCUGUCCGCAGAGUAGUUGAACAGAAUCUUCUCCCAGCAUGGCUAAAGCUUUAUAAUAACAACAUGGUAGACUUCUUGAGGUGUCUGGAUGUCCAGGACUCAGCUGAAAUAGCUCAACUUGUUUUGAACACACUGUUUAAACUUCACACACCACGAGAACUGGUUGCCGACUUCAACCUUUUGUCAGAAGAAAAGAUAAUCCCUAAGAAGAAUGCUUCAUGUGAAAGUGUUUUGUUUUGGUGCUGUUUGUGUCAAUAUCUAAAAUCCCAAAAGACCAUUACAGCUGAUGAGUGCAUUGAAUCAAUUUUGCCAGAGUUGACCCCUUAUUGUCACUAUAUGAAAGAGUAUAUCUUGAAUCUGGAUGAAAACUUGGACAUUGAAACCAAGCUAGAACAUGAAUUUGUAUGUCAGCAACUACUUAUUCUGGCUGGAGAAUAUGACUUAGGUGAUCAAGCUGGCCGAAAUUGCCUGAACAAGUUGGUUACUGACCUGCUCAUGUCACCUAAAGUAGAGGCUACCCUAGUAAAGCCAUUGGCAGCCUGCUAUCACAAGAUUCACACCAACCCUGAGAAUUGCUUCACAGGGUUGACUGAGAUUAUAGCUGAUGUCAGAGAACCCAUUAUGACAGUAGAGAAUGAACUGACUGAGGAGGAGAAACGGAAGAUUGAGUUGAAGCUAGCCAAGUUGCGAGUGGACAUGAAUAUUCUGAGAGAAGAGCUGGAAAAUUGUAUUAAGAACCAGAACUUCACUAGAGCACAGGAAGUAAAGGAAGAACUGGCUGCCUUGGAAACUAAGAAGGAACUGCAGCAAAAAGAGUUCCAGCCUUUAUCUCAAGAAGUUCGUGUGGAGAAGGAUGCCAUGAAGGUUAAUCAUUUGGAGUUUGACUUUAAUUCCAGUUACAAAUACAUUUAUUUUAUAUCCAUGUAUACAGUGCGAGUGGAGUACACAAGUCACCAAUUUGAGGAAGCUUACUAUUAG